UCUGAGCCCGGGGCAGGACCAUGGGAAGAGAGGAGGACUUUUCUCAAUGGACCAGAGUUUUUAUGGACACUUUCAAAGUCCCAGAGGAGCUGAAAGAGACGCGACCACCGCGGGGACUCUUCUGCAGCAGACGCUCGACGUUCUAUUUUGUAUCUGGGGUCAUUUCCAGACCCAUUUAAGUUGAAAAGGUCGUUGUUUUGGCACCUUUCUCUCCCCCCUCCCCACCCACCCCCAGAGUAAUUUCCUGUCGGCGCCUGUGGAAAACAAGAGGGUGGAAAGUUUACUCGCUGGUGGUUUGUACUGCGGGACACAGUCCGGGAGUAAUGGACGUGGGAAUACGCGUUCACACGGGGAAAGGGUGAAGUUGACGCGGACGAACCCGGGAUGACGACCGCCGCCUCCCACCGCGGAAAAGACAACACCGUGACCGGGACCCACGCUCCGGGCAACAAAGAAACCCUCUCCGCUCCCGGGCGGCUUGUCUAGGAAGCUCCGGGCCGAUUUUUUCAACAACUAAAAAAAAAGGUGGAUUAUUAAAAAGCUGCAGGGAGCGAACACCUCGUCACAAUGGGACGGGGAUUAUAGACGAAGGGCUCGGCGAACAAAGGAGGAGUGAACGCCGCCGAGCGAGAAGGGGGCAAAGAAGCCUGGCGAAGAAAUGGAGGAGGAAGGUUCAGUGGAGCCGAGCAACCUUUCCCUCCUCGGUCAGACCCACUGAUCUGUCUUGAGAUACCGAAGCGAAUCCCCAGGCUCGGACCCGGGCCGUGUGUGAAGAACAUGAGGGUGGACGUGGUGUUCGCGCUCCUGCUGCUGGGUGGAGGCAGCAGGGGAGGUGGAGGCUCGGUGCUGCUCGCGUCCGAUUGCAAGUCGUACGACGAGCGGCCGAAAGGCGCCGGGAAGAGCCCGAGCAGCGACAGGAAGGUGGUGUGCAGCAACAUGGAGCUCCAUCAGGUGCUGCCCCCAGACUCCUUCCCCAACAGGACAGUCACACUAAUUUUAACCAACAAUAAGAUUCAAGAGCUCAGAAAUGGAUCCUUCUUUGGAUUGUCUACAUUGGAAAAAUUAGACCUGCGGAGUAACAUCAUCAGUCGUGUUGAACCAGGCGCUUUUCUUGGAUUGCCGGCACUAAAAAGACUAGACCUGUCCAACAACAGCAUCGGCUGUCUGAACACCGACAUCUUCAAGGGCCUCACCAAUCUCAUCAGACUGAACCUUUCUGGGAACAUGUUCAGCUCGUUGUCCCAGGGGACCUUUGACAGCCUGGUGUCUCUGAAGUCACUGGAGUUUCAGACACCUUACCUGCUGUGCGACUGCAACCUUCUGUGGCUUCCGUCUUGGAUCAAGGAGAAGAGCAUCGCCGUCAAGAACACCAAGUGCUCCUACCCGCAGUCUCUUCAGGGUCAGCAGAUUACCUCCGUCAGGCCGGAGCUCCUUAACUGUGACGCUCCGCUCGAGCUGCCCUCCUUCCAGCUGACUCCGUCCCAGCGUCAGGUGGUUUUCCAGGGCGACAGCUUGCCGUUCCAGUGUCAGGCCUCAUUCGUGGCCGAGGACAUGCAGGUGCUGUGGUACCAGAACGGACGAAUGGUCCAGUCCGACGCCGCCCAGGGAAUCGUCAUCGAAAAGCGCAUGGUGCAGAACUGCUCGUUGAUUUCCAGUGCGUUGACCAUCUCGAACAUCCAGCCUGGCUUCACCGGGAACUGGGAGUGCCGGAUUCGGACCAGCAGGGGCAACACCACCAGGACCGUCCACAUUGUGGUGCUGGAGAGUUCUGCCAAGUACUGCGACCCUGAACGCGUCUCCAACAACAAGGGAGAGUUCAGGUGGCCUCGCACCCUGGCGGGGAUCAGAGCUUACCUCCCCUGCAACAAGCUGCCGUCGAGCGCAGGCACCUACUCGGGCAGCUCAGGCGAAGAGCAGCGGGCGUGGCGCUUCUGUGAUCGAGAGGGGCUGUGGGCGGAGGACGACUACUCCCGCUGCCAGUUCCAGAAAGACGUCACCAGAGUUCUCCACGUCAUCAACCAGAUGCCUCUGAACGAGACCAACGUGGUUCACAGUGCCCGGCGUCUGCUGGUCUGCACCAUCGAGGCCGCCAACUUCUCAGACAAGAUGGACAUCAUCUUUGUGGCCGAGAUGAUCGAGAAGUUUGGCAAGUUCGUGGACAAGUUUAAAGACCUCGGCGAGGUGAUGCUGAGCAUUGCCAGUAACGUGAUGCUGGCCGACGAGAGGGUGCUGGGGAUGGCUCAGCAUGAGGCCACGGCCUGCUCCCGCAUCGUGGCCUGCCUCCAGAAGAUCGCCGUCUACCGCCUGGCCACAGCACAAGCCUUCUCCCUGCCAUCGCACAACAUAGCACUAGAGGCCCACACAGUCCGGGCCAACGACUGGAACGGCAUGACCUGCAUGUUGUUCCAGAGGCCGAGCCCCGAGCGGGCGCUCAACCAGGACCGCCAGCUCACCUUCAAGUGUAACACCAGCAGCGCCUUCUCCAGCGUCCUUCACAAGAGCACGGUUGUGGAGGCUUCCCUUCAGCUUCCUCAGUCUCUCUUUAUCGAGGCAGCGUUCCCUGGGCAGGCGGAGGACACAGUCUACAAGCUCCACCUACUGGCCUUCCGCAAUGGCAAGUUCUUCCCCUCUACUGGCAACUCCUCCCAACUGGACGAUGGAGGGAAGAGGAGUGUGGCGACCCCCGUCAUCAUGGCCAAAAUAGACGGCAUGUCCCUGCAUGCUCUGCGGACCCCAGUUAACGUCACCCUGCGGCGGUUCGCCCGGGGCUCCGAUCCCGUGUCCGCUAACUGGAACGUGAGCCUGGUGGGAGGCCAGGGAGCGUGGCAGAGCGACGGCUGCCACAUCCUGGGCCACCACGACAAUUUCACCACCAUCUCCUGCAACUCCCUCGGCAACUACGGCCUGCUCAUGGACCUCAGCAGUGUGGAGCAAUUCUCUCCCAGCAUCCAGCCCCUUCAUCCAGUCAUCUACGCCACCACUAUCAUCCUCCUCCUCUGUCUGAUCACCAUUAUUGUUAGUUACAUCUAUCACCACAGGUCGGUCCGUGUGAGCCGCAAGUUUUGGCACAUGCUGGUCAACCUCUGCUUCCACAUCUCCCUCACCUGCGGGGUCUUUGUGGGCGGCAUCAAUCAGACGCGCUACGCCAGCGUCUGCCAAGCAGUUGGUAUCUUGCUGCACUAUUCCACUCUGGCGACGGCGCUGUGGGUCGGAGUGACCGCACGCAACAUCUACAAACAGGUGACACGCAAGGCCAAGCGCUACGAGGAGCUGGAUGAGCCUCCGCCACCACCGCGGCCUAUGCUGAGGUUCUACUUAAUCGGCGGAGGGAUACCCAUCAUUGUGUGCGGCAUCACGGCGGCAGCUAACAUCAAAAACUACGGAAGCCGGACCAUUGCGCCCUAUUGCUGGAUGGCGUGGGAGCCCAGCAUCGGGGCUUUUUACGGCCCAGUGGGAUUCAUCAUCUUCGUGGACUGCAUGUACUUCCUCAGCAUCCUGCUCCAGCUGCGCCGCCACCCCGAGCGCCGCUACGAGCUGAAGGAGCCGACCGAGGAGCAGCAGCAUCUGACUCCGGCCAAUGAGGAGUCGGUGCUCGACGGCCCCCGAGGCCACUGCCGCCCCCUCGUUCUCCGGCUCCACCCUCAUGAAGCGUCGUCUUCCGUGAUGUCCGCCCCCCACGCCGUGCCGCUGUCCGCCCUGGAGAACGAGCACACCUUCUCUGCCCAGUUGAUGGGUGCGGCGGGGGCGUUGGGGCUGUACGCGGCCCUCUGGGUGUUUGGCGCCAUGUCUGUAUCCCAGGACCACCCCUACAACUUGGCUUUUACCUGCUUGUUUGGCGUGGCGUCUCUGGCACUCGGGGCGUUCAUGGUGGCACAUCACUGCGCAAACAGACAGGAUAUGCGUCGCUACUGGUCCCAGGCCUGCUGCUCUGGGAGGCGAGCCUACUCUGCACAGGAGGACGUCCUUCUGUCUCAGCCGGACGUGGCGAUGACGUCCACUGCAGGGUCCGCUCAUAAGGCCGACGGGGAGUCCACAAAGUGCGGCCACAGCAGCGCAGAAUCCUCCUACACCAAUAAGAGCGCACCGAGCGUGCGCAACUCCGCCCACGGCAGCAAGCUGACCAAUCUGCACGCAGAGGCAGCUCAGUGCAAGUCCCCAUCUGCACCUGUGACCGCCAACGGUACGGCCAUUUUGGACAACAGCCUCACUGAGCAUUCGGUAGACAAUGAAAUCAAAAUGCACGUGGCACCAGUUGAGGUGCAGUUCUGCCCGAUGAACAACAUCAACCUCCCGACAGCUGCCCCCAACGGACACACGAGCAGACAUCACAAGAACAGGGCGCGAGCGCACAGAGCCAGUCGCCUCACCGUGCUGCGAGAGUACUCGUACGACGUGCCCACCAGCGUGGACGGCAGCGUGCAGAGCGUGUCCCACCGGCGGCACCACCACUAUGACUUAGCCGCACGCAACAGCCGGCGGGCGGCGUACAUGGCGUACAGGGAGCGGCAUCAGAGCCAGCUGCAGCAGGACAGCAGUGACAGUGCGAGCCUGCCGCGGCGUUCCUGCUACCCCGAGAAAGGAAGCGGCUGCGGCGGCACCUUGGGGAACGGGACAGUGGUGACAGAAGGGACAGUGGGGACAGUAGAGACAGUGGUGACAGUAGAAACUGAGCAGGUGGCUGCUGUUGUUGCAGCUUCAAGCCCAAGUAAAGACUCUGUCCCCGUGAACCAGCCGAGCGGCGCUGAGUUAGAAAGCCAACCCAAGUCGUACGGACUCAACCUCAUCACGCAAAAUGGCGGCACACUUAAAGAAAAUGGACAAGCGGUGCCUUUAAUAAGCACGGAGAGCGCGGCCAGUGUUAAGACCGGUUUGUGGAAACAUGAAACUACUGUGUAGCGACGGUUUCCGUCCCAAAGACUGCAAACCGACACGCUCCCCUCUUUAAACUGUGAAAUGUCUCUUUAUUGUUUUUCCAUUGUACAUUUCUUUCUUGGAAAAGAGUCGUUUUGAAAAAUAAUGAAUGGAAAAAAAACAACUAGCCCCAUUUUUGCCACUGAACUCUCUUUGUAGAUAUGUUUUUGUAAAUGCUCUAUUUUUGUAAGUUUUAAUCAAUCUCUUCUAUUCCAUUUGAGAGUUGUGUAAAUGAAACUGCAUGGUCUGAGCUGUUGCCCCGUGCAUACCUUUUUACCUCGGGGCUGUGUUUUCCUCCAUUUUUCUAGUUUGUCCCCGACAAUAAUAAAACAAAAAGUUCCCAAUUGAAA